AUGGAAAAUAAGUUAAAAUUUAGUGUAUUUAGCGAACCAAAUUGUAUUGUUGUGGAGCUUGAAGUGCCGGAAUUGGAUUUGGAGCAUGAAAGUGAGCUGGUGUUGAACGUUUUUCCUACCGAGUGUACCUUUAUAACUGCACCAUACCAUGCAAGGAUACCACUGCAGCAUAAUGCUAAACCAGGAAAAAUAUUUCCGCACAAAAUAGAUUAUGACAAAAGCAUUAUCACAUUUAGAGCAGCAUUAAAUUAUGCGGUUGAAUCUGAAAAGGAUUGCCAAAAUAGCUCGACCUUUCCGUAUGGUUUCCAUCAACUCUAUAGUGGUCCGCUUUCUUUGGAUACAAGCGAGGACGUAAAAGUUCUGAAUCAUCCAGAUUUACAUUCAUUUGUGGACCGAUGUAAAAUGAAGGAAAAUGCCGAAGAUCAAGAUUUUUUGUGUGAGCAUUAUGGAAUGGAUUAUAUACAGUAUGAUAUCGACAAACUAGGUAUAAAUUUAGAAAGUUCACCUGUUGGUUGUAAACUUUCUGAUGAACAGAGCUAUCGAAUUCGCGUGAUUAUGGAGGAAAAGAAGCGUCAGAGCAGUACCUACACAUCUAUUGAAGACCAUAGCGUAUUGCUGCUUGGAUUGUUGGAUAUUCUUCUGGCUGUAGGAUAUGAUCGUUUGACGAACAGCAAUGAACUUAAUGAAGCAAACUCAUACAUUAACAUUCAUCGUAUAUCCGGCACACUGUCGUUCUUUGUAGAAUUUGAAAACGUAGAGCAAAUGCUUCGAUCGUUUUACCGUAGAUCCUGCGUUUAUCCUUACUAUAGGCAUAAAGAAAUAUCGAAGGCGUGUGUAGAAACGAUGAUUAAACGACUAUCCUUAGAAAAUAAUCAAGAAUGGAUACAGCAACAGCUGAUGCAUGCAUACGAUGCAUUCAAAACUACCGAUUGUGACAUACUAAACCAUUAUUUUAUCAAAGAUUAUAUUCGCUACGUAGCUCUGGGUCUACACAAUGAACUUUUAAUGGAGUAUAUAGAUGAAAUAGAAAAGGUGCUUCCCAAAGUUCAUCAACAGCGUCUUGGUUUCAACGAAGAGGUAGUUAUACAAAAAUUACUCAACGAAAUUAUGGCGCAAGAGGAUUCGGAUGUCACCGAUUCGGAUGAUUACGACUCCACGGAGGAUGAAAGCGACGAAGAAGUUGACGAAUGCGAAAAUGCGACAAAUGCGAAUGAAAAUGUUCUGGAAAAGUUAAUGAAUUUAAAUCUUUCAGGGUAAGCCGUAUUCCGGAAAUAUAUGCAAACUUGUUUGGAUCCAAAAACAGCAGCAUGGAUUACAUCUCGUUGUCUAUACUAGAUUUUUGUGCAAAAUAUUAUGAAACGAAGAUGAAAACGCUUGCUUUUCAUAUACAAUCCUCUACAAAUUAUUUCCUCUACAAUGGCGCGGUCCGAAAAAGCAACAACGUAAGAUUUUUGUA